AUGGCUCAAUCAAAAGACUUCUCGCUCUUAGACGCGAGUAUCUCCGAACUCCAGUCUGCACUUUCUGCAGGAUCGCUCUCUAGUGUCGGCUUGGUAUCACGGUACCUACGACGAAUCAGCGUCUACGACGCAAACAGUCUAGAACUCACCGCCAUCCCAAUCCUAAACCCAUUCGUUCUCGACGAAGCAGCCGCCUCUGAUGCCCGGCGGGCAGCCGGUCUGCCGCCGCGUCCAUUGGAGGGUAUUCCGUACCUCGCAAAAGACAGUAUUAAGGUUAAGGGCAUGACCGUUGCGAGCGGAUCACCUGCAUUUGAAACUCUCAUUGCCAACGAAGAUGCUGCAUGUAUCCAAUUUCUCCGCCAGGCCGGCGCCGUGCUCCUCGGCCGAACGAACAUGCCCGCCAUGGCAUACGGUGGGAUGCAACGUGGGUGCUAUGGGCGCGCUGAAAGUCCGUAUAAUCCUGCAUACCUGGCUGCGGCAUAUGCCUCUGGUUCAUCAAAUGGAUCGGCCGUCGCAACGGCGGCCAACUUUUGUGCCUUUUCUCUAGGCACCGAGACUGUAUCUUCAGGUCGCUCGCCGGCCUCAAAUAAUGCCAUUGUUGCAUACACACCUUCAAAGGGCCUUCUUCCUCUCCGUGGUGUCUGGCCACUCUACUUGACCUGUGAUGUCCUGGUCCCUCAUACUAGGACUAUGGCAGAUAUGUUCCAGGUCCUAGACGUUCUUGCGGUGUCCGACGAAGCCCCGAUAGGAGAUUUCUACCAGGAGCAAAAGCUCAUAUCCCUCCCUUCAAUCAAUACACUCCGACCACAGUCCUUUUCAGAAUUACAAGAUAGCACAUCCUUGCGCGGGAAGCGCAUUGGUAUACCGUCAAUGUACAUCGGAGGCGACGAUACUCCUCUAUCCCCAGCCAGCAGAGUAAACACCCGGCCCUCCAUAGUCAAACUAUGGCAGAACGCCAGAAAGGCCCUCGAGUCCUGCGGUGCGGAGGUCAUCGAAACGGACUUCCCCCUCGUGACAACCUACGAAUCCAACGCAGACAAAGGUCAGCUUGUCACCGUUGCAGGGCUACCAGAAGGCUGGCCGGCGCUGGAGCGGAGCGAGCUUGUCGCACAUAUCUGGGAUGACUUCCUGAUUAACAACGGGCAAAAAGGUCUCGAGACUCUUUCUCAAGUUGAUCCGACGACUAUCUUCCCGCUUGCGCCGGGGUCUCUGAGGGGUGCGCCCGAUGCAGCUAAUGCGCUGCGGUGGGAUGAGAUGGUUAAAUACCCGCACCGGAGGCCGGCAUCUAUUUAUGAGAUCCCCGGCAUUCAGCAGGGAAUCCAGGCCCUUGAGAAUGCGCGCAAAGAGACUCUUGAGGACUGGAUGGAUGGGCUUGGGCUUGAUGCUGUGGUUUUCCCGGCUAAUGGUGAUAUCGGAGCUGCUGAUGCCGACUGCGAUGAAACAGCGUCGUUGUUUGCGUGGAGUAAUGGCGCCAAAUACUCCAAUGGUAAUAGGCCUAUUCGUCAUCUUGGUGUGCCCACUAUCUCCGUUCCUAUGGGUAUCAUGGAAGAUACGGGGAUGCCGGUGAAUCUUACCUUUGCUGGAAAGGCAUAUGAUGAUAACAGCCUACUUAAGUAUGGCUUUGCCUUUGAGACGGCAAUGAAGGGCCGUGUUCAGCCAUCGCUCGUGCCUGCUCUUGACUCUGAUCUCAUCAAGGCUGCUCAAGAUCCUCAGUCAUGGGAUUCUCCGUCGACCGUUGAGUUGGUGGUAGAGACUCAAGUGAAGGAGAUUCACGAUUCCACCGUUGUGAUCCAGAUCCAGGGAUCAAUGGUACUCAAGGACUCCCAGUUGGAGUCUUUGGAAUGCCAUGUUAACGGCCAAGUGGUCAAGCCAAUCAUAGAGGGCGAUAGAUGGUUUAUCCAGGCUUCCUAUCCCGCAUCGGAACGUGACCAACCCUGGAGGAGGUGGUCGAGUCCUGCUUUAACACAGACUAUCGUAGUUAUCACAGCUUAUACCAAGGCGGGCUCGACAACGGGCAAGUUGAUCUUAUUAUGA